AUGAGAGAACUUCUGUCUCUGGAAGUCAUCAGUGCUGAAACUGAAAAAAGGGCAGAACUACUACUUGCAAAAGUUAAGAACACCAUGACUGAUCGGUGCAUUGUAAAUAAGAAGUUCAUAAGGCUGUUGGAGGAGUGGCGACAGAAAUUUCUGCCAUCUGUCAUUGAUAAUUGGGAGGAACUGUCUACCCAAGUAAAGGAAAAAAUGGCAAGCGUCAAUGAUUUGUAUUGCGGAAAACAUCUGGUGCUGAAUUUCCAAGAGUAUGCUACAGCAGCACUACAAGCAUGGGAAACUGUUGAAUCUGCUGGAAGGAAGCUGGGACGAGAGUCGCACAUCCCAUGGAAUAAAAAGUCAGAAUCUGCAGCAAUGCUGGCAGUUAGAACUGUUUGUGAAGCAUUUGGACCAGAUGCACAUCCACAGGCAGGUUGUCCCCAGGAGUUCAAAGCCUUCACCAAGCAGAAUUAUCUGAGAGCUUACAGGGGUAAUAGGUUUAAUGUUCCAUUUGAAAAUUCAGCUGCCACUUAUUAUCAUUACGUCAACAACCAUUUCAAGGAUGUUUGCAACACUUUGCCUGCCAGAAAACAAAGCAAUACUCUGAUAAAGUCUGUCAUGUGGGAUCUUGAAGACAACAUCAUUCUCGGAGGCAUUAGGGCAAUGGGCAUCCUAUGUGUUCAUCUUUCGACUCCACUCAUGCAUAUGAUUGAGAGCAGAGGUCAUGUAAUGGAUACUGACAGAUACUACACUAGGCUUCAUGACUUUGUGUAUGAGCAAAUGGAAGACCCUACUGAUCUCUUGAAUGAUAGUGCAGUAUUGUUUCCUGAAUAUCCACCGAAAGAGAAUGAAGUACACAAAGGUUUGUACAGUGAAGUGAACGAAGAAGUAGACUUCUACGCAAAGCAGUCAAUCAUCAUCAUCUUACACAACAUCUUUGUGUGUAUCAAACGACAGCUUGAAGAUCACUUACCUGGAGGCAAACACCAUAAUGUGGAUAAUAGAGUUCAUGAGGAAACUGAGACAUGCCCAAGAGACAACAUAGCAGCUGAGAGAAUGUUUGCUGGGUUGGAUUACCUCAAAAGAUCAAGACCAAACUUGACAGUGCUUGCGAUGCAAGGCAUAUUGCUGUGGUCCCAAAACAAAUCCAUGGAAUAUCUUGAUAAGUGUUCUGAGGAAGAAAAAUCCAAACUGAUCAAAGCUGCCACCAAGAAUAAAAGAAUUGUUUUGAAGAGUUACCAGGACAAGGUGAAGGAAAUGAAGAAGGAAAGGCAAGAGAUUAUGGACAGACAGCAACAAGCUAAAGAGGAAAAGAAAAGAAAAUUGGUUGCAGCAACCGUCCGAGCAACUGAGAUGGUAAAUAAGUUGUGUGAUGGUCCUUGUACUUCAAGUGCUGAUGUGGAGUCCAUGAUGUCUAUGAAGGCUCCGUCUGAUCAAAGAGAGGCUCUGUUGGCACAGAUCGACUACUACAAAUCUGUGAACAAAGGAUUGGUAAAAGGUGCUUUGUUUUUUAAAUCAAAGGCUGGUAAACCCCUGAGCUCAUCUGACCUAAGUAACAACCUAAAGGAGAUAAUAAGAGUUGUUAAUUUAGCUCCCAUCAGUCAGUCAGAAUCUGGUAGAUCUGUUAUAUUCUCUGAUAGUGAUACUCUUCAAGAAGAAAGGAAAUCCUUACGAGAAAAAUUGCUAUCAAAAGUGAAAGGAAGAAAACGAAAGGAACCUUUUCCUGAGACUGCCAUUUUACACAAGAGAAUUAAACACAAGUUUCUUCCAGAAGGUGGCAAACGUCUCGUCACAUACCAUGGCAGAGUUUUGAGAAAAAGUACUCAGCAGGACAUUGAAGAAUUGAUGGAAUCAAGUGAUCAGGAAUAUUUGGACAAAGGGUAUACUUUCUACACCCUUAUGUACGACAGUGAUGAGGACCUGUACACAUAUCCUCUGGAAAAGGAAUGGGAGGAUAAUUGUCUGGAGAUUAUGUAAACAUUUAUAAUCAUAGAACAGAAAAGGGAAUAUAGCCCUUUCUUGAAACUGCAUUCUACACAAGAGAUUAUAAAGAGACAACUUUAUUCCAGAAGGUGGUUAACAUCUUGUCACAUAUCGUGGCAGAUUUUUGAGAAAAUUUACUUAACAGUACUAAUGGACAUUGAAGUGGAGACUUGAUGGAUCAAAUGAACUUUAUUUGGACAAAUGAUAUACAUGUACAUUUCACACCUUUAUGUACAUGUGUGACAAUGCUAAGGACUUGUACAAAUAUCUUCUGGAAAAAGAAUUGGAGGAUGAUUAUCUGGAGAUGUGGCAGGCGAAGAGGUCGUCAGUUCAUUGUUGGUUUCAAGUUCCACUUUCUCGAUCUGAUCCCCUUGGUAGUGACUCCGUGCCAAUUAAUGGACAAGCCCAUCUGCAAAACAAAAGCAAACAUGUUCAACACUGUAUAGGUAAAAAUAGAAGUGUUCAAAUGUUACAGUUUACCUUCUAUAUUUAAUCCAUGUGAACAAGACAAACCAUGUGAUGGCGCUUUGGUUGUCAUUGAACAUUUCAUGAAUUAUGUAAUAUUUUAUGUGCAUAAAAUGUCUAAUUUGAAUAAUUAAUGAGCUAAUUUGCAUAUUCUUGAUGAUAGAUUAAUAAAAUGUGGUCAAAAUGAAAGGUUUUAGUGCAAGAAGACAUCAUGCCAAGUUUCAUGGCAUGAAACCUAAUAUAACUUGAGUUAUUGCAUUUAUGCAUAUUAAUUAGGUCUAAUUUGCAUAUUUCGAAGUGUUUUCUUACGUUGC